UGAGGUACUAGUGUGACGUGAUUGUACUAUACUGUGUGCAUUAUUGUCGAGGUAAUCUGCGCUCCGAGCUAGCUAGCUACAUAGAGGAUCGCGUCAGGCAGGCUGCAAGAGGAUCAGGCGACACGUAUACUUGAGCGCUGCAAAAAGCUGUUGAGGAUUAAUCGUAGAUCAGCCACCUUUGCUUCGAAUCUUUGACGUCCCCCUCUACCUAAGGAGUGAUAAAAGAAGAACAGUCAAAAUGGAAGGAUCAGCAAAAUGCAUCAAAUAUUUGAUGUUCUUCUUUAACUUCAUAUUUUUCAUCUUUGGUCUUGGUAUCAUAAUUGGAGGAAGUUUGACAUUGACCUUGUACAGUGAGUAUGUAGACUUCACUGGUAAUACAGGAACAGCUAUCCCUAUAGCACUCAUCUGUAUUGGUGUCUUCAUAUUCCUUACUGGAUUCUUUGGAUGUUGCGGAGCAGUCAAGGAGAACUACUGCAUGCUGGCAACGUUUGCAUUCAUCAUGGUUCUUCUCCUGAUCUUGGAACUGGCUGCGGGUAUCUCUGGCUAUGUUAAACGUGAUGACAUUGAUAACCUGAUCGACGAAAACAUGUCUCAACUUCAACAGAGUUACAACGAUAGUGAAUCAACCAAAGAUCUCUUUGAUAACAUGCAGAAAAAUUUGGAGUGCUGUGGAACACUCAACUAUACUUCAUGGUUUGGCUUUAACGACACGGCUGGCUACAACGUGGUACCUAUGUCAUGCUGUAUUACAAUGCAAGAAGGCUGUAACAGUGAUGUGUCGCGCGAUCCGUAUGUGGCAGAACAUAAAAUACAUGUCUACGCUUGCUAUCCCGCACUCAAAGAUCUUCUGAUUGGCAAUAUUGGAAUCAUAGCUGGAGUAGCCAUUGGCAUUGCUGUCAUUGAGAUCUUUGGAAUCGCAUUUGCUUGCUGUUUGAUGAGGGUCGUUAAAGGCGAAUAUGAGACGGUUUAAGAUGGCUAAUCCUUCAUCUCAUCCUCCACCUUUAUAACUUAAUCUUGUAUCUCAUUUGGUUUUGAAAACUCACAUGUUAAUAUUUUAUAAGUCAUAAACAUUAAGAAAUACAAAAUAAGAAGGAUCUGGGAUUAUUGGUGUAUAUAAUUAAUACUAGCAAAGUAAUGAUGAUAUCUAUCAUUUUGUUACAGAUCUUUGGAAUUGCAUUUGCGUGUUGUUUGAUGAGGUAUGUUAGUGGUCCCUAUGUGGUGGUAGUUGAAAGCUCCAAUCAAGGUACCUAGGGUUAGAUGUGCAUCGUAAAAGAUUUGUUUUGGGCUUUGUUCCUUGAUCUCAUCCUCAACCUUAAAUCUUGUAAAGUUACAUUAUUGAGUCGAACGAACAGAGGGAGAAAUUUAAGAUGUGUAGAGAGAUUAGCAUCAAAACUUAUUGGUCUUAUUAUUAACAUGCUUUAACAUUUUUUUUUUACCAUAUAAGAAGGCUUACUUAUAAAGUAUACAGUACUGCUCAAAAAGGCUUAGAAUGUUUAUUCCUGAUCUGUCAUCUAUUUAUUAAACUUUAUCAUAUUCAUUUUGUAAAAGUUAAGAGAAAUUAUAGAUUUUUUUCUUGAACAUCGUUAACUGUAUGUAUAAUGCUUAAUUUAAAGGAAAAUAACUAAAGAAUUUUGAAAGUGUAAAGUAUAAAUGACAUAUUUUCAUAUUUUUGUUCAUGGGGUUGAUUUGUAAUGGGGUGAAAUAAAUGAAGGGAAGAGAACACUACAAGACUAUUCUAUGUAAAUUGGACAUACAAUAGUACUAAAUUGUAUUGGAAAUGUAGAAAAAGAAGUUUCCAAAGAUGUGUGGGGAAAAGGUUUUAUGCUUAUUAUAAUUCAUUAGAGAAGUUUUAUAAAUGAGUUUGAAAUUAGUUACAUCUUUAUUUACAUUCUAGUUUUUUUUUAAAUGAAGUUAUAAUUCAAUUACCGGUACGGUAUUUUUCAUGUCUGAUAAAAUCUCAACAAGGUCCUUAUUCUUCUUUAUUCUUGUACAAUGUAUGUCUAUAAAAUACUUCUUAAUAUCAAGUUUGUUAUGUCUUGUGCAGUAUGUAUGUUACAUAAGAUGCUAGAGAGAUAUUUCUAUUAGAUAGCUUGUAGUAAUCUUAGCUCUGUAACAUGUAAGAUACAAUUGACUAUACCAUGAAUAGUAAUUGUAAGUCUAUGUGAAAUCAUGUACUAAAAAUUACAAAUCAGUUGUAAAAGUUAAUUGUAUCUUUUUGCGAUAUAUGAACAAGGCCCUUUCCAGUGUUUGUGAAGAUCAAGGGGGAAUGAUGUCAUGUAUUAGACAUUACAGCUGUGAUUCUUCUAGUGGAUAAGCUUCAUAAUUGUGCAUUCGUAAGAAUUGUGUAAAAUACAUGGAAUUUGUCAUUUGUGCUUGAAGCAUGCAUGUUACAAAUUGUAAUGGAAAUAUCUGUUUUUUUAUAAGUCUCACAUUCUCUCAAGCAGCAAGAGAGUAUAGUACUCUUCACGUCAGUACUUUUUAAACAUUGUUAAAUGUAGAUUAAUAUUCUCUGAUGUGUACUAAACUCCUCACAGUACUGUAAAGUAUAAACUACAUGCAUACAUCUUAUGACCAUAGACAGAUUUAUUCUGCUGGUAUACAAUACAUACGCACCAUGUUGGUACACCAUCUGUUGCGAUCUCCUAGCGCGAUAUGACAGUUGAUACAUUGAAAGUAGCACCUGGUUUCAAUUGGUUUCAAAUUCAUCAUUCAUCAUUGUAUACUGUAGUGUCUGGGGUAUUAUAUGGAUAACUUAAGAAUAAUAUUGAACAGGAAUACAGCAUCAUAAACAUAUUCAAGUCCUCACAAUCAAUAAAGAAUAUAUGCGCAUGCAUAUAAGACAUAAGACAUCUUGUACAUGGAUGUACAUGUUCAGUAUAUUCUACAGAAUACUUUGCACUUUUUUGUGGCAUGAGACGUCACCCUUCUAUACCAGCAUAUAUUUAACAUCAUUUUGUGCUGUUUUACAAAACCACAUUGUUCCUCAAUCCUUAAAAUAUUAGCAUGGUAUCUACUACAGUAGGUAAUUUACACUGUUUCCAUGUACAUUCAAUUUACUUCAGUAAUUCAUGCAAAUAGACUCCAAAACCAGUGCUAUUCUUUAUAUUUUACAUGUAUACAUCAUGCGGUAAACAUUUUCAAAUGCCAUCAUGCCAUUACGAUCUACAUGUACAUUAGCAAUGCUAUCUCCAAUGUAAAUAGUUACCAUCUACUAGUACCCGAAGUCAACUCAUUCUAUGCCAACUUCUAUUAUUGAAGUUUCUAAACUUUGUUCAUUUUCUGUGAAUUGUACAUGUAAGUGGUAUCAAAACUACAGUGUUAGUCAUUAGUUGGUGUAUUGCAUACAUGUACAUGUAUUGUGAUGUGGAUAGAAUGUUCAAGUACUGUAAUGUGUAAAUAUAUACUGAGGACAGUGAAACUAUCUGUAGUCUUGAAGUGCAACUGGACACACUUGUUUCCUUUUCUGUAGUGUUUUGAUCGCGAUGACCAGAGAAUUUCAAAGAAAUAUGUGCAUUGAUAGAAAGUCAUUUGUAGACCUGUUUGUUAUGUGUGCAUUGAGUAUUAAAGCAGUAGCUGGUCGUAUGUACUGUGUAUGAUCAUGAUUGUAAUUCUGUCAAAAGCUUGAUUGUUUCCUGGCAGUGAACUUUUCAUUUAGAUUUUUCAACUCAGUCAGUGUUGUCCAGAAAGGUUUUUUUUUUUAAGAAUGCAUUUAAAACUUGUAUUUCAUGGUUCCUCCAACAGUGUCCAAGACUCGUACAAAAUGUAUUUCCCAGAAGAAAUUUGAAUAUCAUAUGAAGUAGGGGAGACCGGGGUUAGUUGCAACAU